CAUCUCUUAUCUCCGAUCUCUCUCCCUCGUAUCUGAGCUCUCUUGCGUCUCCCAGAGAAAAAAAAUAGAAACGCAGAAAAAAGAGCGUUUUCUCAGAGAGAUUCGAUUUGCUAGAUUUUCUCUGGAAAGUGACUUAGGUGCGAAUUUUCUGGAGGAGAGAGAAAAUGCUGGGAGUGUUCAGCGGUGCGGUGGUGACGCCUCCGGACGAGCUGGUCUUGGCGGGGAGCAGGACGCCAUCUCCGAAGACGACUGCGACGGCUCUGGUGAAGAGAUUCGUCGACGGAAACUCCUCCGCCGUGUCCGUACAGGUCGGCGACCAUGUUCAGCUCGCUUAUACACACCACAACGAGUCCCCUCUCCGGCCCAGGUCGUUUGCGGCUAAGGACGAGAUAUUCUGCUUGUUCGAAGGGGCACUGGACAACCUCGGAAGCCUGAAGCAGCAGUACGGGUUGGCCAAGCAGGCGAACGAGGUGUUGCUGGUGAUAGAGGCUUACAAGGCUCUCCGAGACAGGGCCCCUUAUCCGGCUAACCAUGUCGUGGCUCACCUCAUCGGCAGCUUCUCCUUUGUCCUCUUCGACAAAUCCACUUCCACCCUCUUCGUUGCUUCUGACCAAUAUGGCAGUGUCCCAUUGUACUGGGGAAUCACGGCCGAUGGGUACGUGGCGUUUGCAAAUGAUGCAGAGCUGCUCAAGAGUGCUUGUGGCAAGUCCCUUGCUUCCUUCCCUCAAGGCUGUUUCUACUCCACGACAAUAGGAGGUCUUAGGAGCUUUGAGAACCCUAAGAACAAGAUCACUGCGAUCCCUGCCAAAGAGGAAGAGAUAUGGGGUGCCACCUUCAAGGUGGAAGGACCGGCCGUUCUUGCAGCCACAGAGUGAAACAGAGCUUCUUUACUUCCAGAAAGAGAGGAAUGAGAAGAGGAGGCAAGAAAGAAGAUCACUCAGGCUGUUUCUGUAACCAAAAAAAAAACGUGUUCUUUCUGUAGAAACCAGGAAAUGCUGUAAUGAUAUGAGCCGUGGUGGGUUUUCUGGGCGUAUCUGUAGCUUUGUCUGUGUCUGUGUACUCUGUUUGACUUGUGUUGUUUCUUUGUACAGCAAUGUCGGUCUCUGUUCUAAUAAA